GUUACAAGAUAAACACGCACAAUGGGAGAGUGGCGAUCAGAUAUUAGAGAUCUGCAGCAGAGGAUCUAUGAUUGUUUAUCGAGGGCAGAGGACAUCUCUCCCCUCAUUGAUGGCCUUAUUUGUGUCAACUGUCCAGUGGGACAGCGGUACCAGCUACUACCAAUGGAACAGCUCUUCAAGGACAACAGCAAUUUUCUGGAAGGAAUAAAGAUGAUUGGAGUGGCUUUGAACAUUCUGGAAAAGUAUUGCCGACAUCUUCUUAAGCCUCCAACUGAGAGAUCACAGAUGUGGAGAAUUGUCAAGUUCUCCAAUAACAUCUUCAGGGAUCGAGUAGACUGUAUAGUGGGAGGAAGAGAAAUAAUGAAGUUGAUGGGUUACACAGAAGCCAUUCAGGACGGGCUACAGUUUCCAAAUUCUGGUCAAACGGACAAUGAUCAAUUGUUACGUUUACUGGCAGACAUUAUGUGUGGAAAGAGGGAGCUGGAUGCUUACUUGACAAAUUACCAUCCCUACCCAGAGAGGGUUGAGAGUCUGUUGCCUCAUGACACAGUGCUUGAUGUUGCAAGAUUCCAAAAGAAUUGGAUUCAGCAAGGAAAUCUACCAACGAGAAAACUUAAGCCUUUGGAAAACACACCAUCGUCAUCAUCAUCAGAAUCUAGAUUGACAAAUCAGCAAAGAUCUUCAUCAAGUGGAUCAUCUUACUCGGACAGUCAGCCAAUAAAACAAGACAUUCCAAAUCAAAUUCAGCAACCAAUCAGAGAGUCUGUUUCUGAAUCAGGAGUCUCUAAUCAAAGUUCUUCACAGUCAAACAAGUCUGGUGGUCAAGCUACAGGCUCCAGUGAAGUAGAAUCCCCUCAGAGUAGUAUAGUUUGUGACAUUUGUGGUCAGUCGGUGGCCAUGUUUAUGUGUGGACGCUGUGAUAAUAAACAGCUAUGUUCAGCUUGUGAUGAAAGAUGGCAUCAACACCCAAAACGCAAGAAUCAUGAUCGACAAAAAUUACGGAUGUCCAGCUCAGAACAGAAAUCAGAUGAACACGAAUAUCUGUCGGCUGUUGAGAGCCAUGCCAUUAACCCCAUCCUUGGUUCUCAACAGACACAAGAAUUACCCCAGGAGACACCACUAGGGACAACCCAGAACCAGGCUUCCUACUCAACCAUGGAACCAGCCCCAAACCAGAACAUGGCACAGUACACUGGUGAGAACCCAAACCAGCCUGCAUAUACUAUGGCCUCUAAUAAUAACAGCACUGGUUUAUCAAGUGUACCACAUGCAGCCCACACACCUCUUCAUGAGGAGGCUCAUCACCUAGAGGGAUUGAUUUCAGGGAUGCAUACCAUGCAGCCAUCACAGACAGGUACUCUACCCAGGAUGUCUCGUGAUUCAAAUGUGCAUCAGAAUAUGGGAUAUCACACCUUACCACGAGAACUUCAGUCCAUGACACCCCCGAGUAUGCAGAGGGCUGCUCCAGGUGGUCCUCCAACUUCCAAACUUCUAGACAAGAUAUUGGCCAUUCCUGACCUGUAUAAAAGGAAGUCCAAAACUGAAGUUCAUCUUGAGACAUUACGAGAAGAAAUAGAUCUAAUUGAGGAAAGGAUCCAAGAAUGUAUUGCUCAGAAUGCAACUUUUUAUGAAGAUGAAGAGUAUGGUCGUCUCUUUAGAAAAAAAGGAUUCUUGCAGCGAGAAAAGAUUGAGUUGGAGAAGUAUGAGAAAGAAUUGGAUGAAGUUCUGUCACAAAGGGAUCAGAUGUAUUACCCCCCACAGUGGCCCCUUAAUUACCAACAACAGGUGGCGCUGAGCAGUCUUCCUAUUGGGCAUUUGCCGUCAGUCAACUCUCCAAGUGUAAAUCCACCUCAUAGUGGAAUGUACAUUUUUGUCCCAGGUUCAUAUCAAAACAAUCAGCCAGUGUAUGGUCAAAGUCCACCUGUGCAUUCUGGUGACAAUCAGAGCAGUCCAAGCAUUAACCUAAUAACCAUGCAGAGCCCUCCUUCAUUUUAUGGACAUCCUCCCAGGCAUUCCCCUUAUUUUCCUCCAACUGAGCAAAGCAUUCAGUGUACAUCACCACACAACCCUGUGCAGAAUUACCAACCACCACAGAAUUCUCCAAGAACUCCAAAAGUAUCACCUCACACGCAGGGAAACUUUCUUUACGCAAAUCAACCAUCCAGCCAGUCACCUAAAACUCCUGCUACUCAGCACAAUGUGGAGCACAGAAGAAGCCAGUCCAUGUUUCAGGAAAGUACGGGAAAGUUACAAGCCAGACAGACACCCCCUGACAGACCAGCAUUGCCUUUAAUGGAGGAGAGAAAAGUUUUCCAAGAAAAUAAGGCAAAUGAAUCUCACCAAAGACACACAAGCUGUGUGUCUUCAAUAGACCAGACAAAAACUGUGAAUACACAGCAAGUUCCACCUCCUCCAAAAUUCCAUAACAUGCCUGUGACUGCUAAAACACUGUACCAGAAUUAUCCCCUCCCAGCAGACCUUGUGCCUCCAUUAGAAUCACCACCUGUACCCAUUCCACCAAGAAUCCCCAAAGAACCACAACCACCAGUCCAUAAACCAAAAGCUGAGGGUUAUGGAUCUCCCUGGAUCUGUCAACAUUGCACAUUCCAUAAUGCUCCAGACACAAGAGUAUGUGCAGUCUGUUUCAAAACUAGUGAUAAUCCUAAGUUUGUACAGCAAGGUGGUGUAUAUUCAGGGCAUUCAGAAACUGAUCAUAAUGCAAUAAACGAUUUGAACAAACCAGAGAGGCCACCAGCACCUUCUGUUGAGAAGAAACAGUCGUCUGCCACAGGGGUAGAUAGUGAAGUAUCGAAAAUUAUGAAAGAAGCAUCAACUGCUGGGAACAAAAUCAUGCAACAUUAUGAUGAGAUUUUUCAUGAGAAACAAGAAGCCAAACGUCGUUUUGAAGAGCAGCUGAAACAAGAGAAACAAAGAGAAGCAGAAAAUAAAUUAUCCCCUCAGGAACUCAUAGAUCAGUUACAAAAAGCAGUCAGUCGUUCCCCUCCUUCAGCUCAGGGGGGUGGUGCUAAAAGCGUGACACCAAGCAAGGGCAAUCAGAAAGAAGAGGAAAAAGAUAAGUUGGCCGUUCCUGUACCAGUAUCCGGUGAAAAAGAAGCAGAUCAGGCUCCACCUCUCAGCAAAUCACCCAGGAAUAAACAAGGUCUGAGCUUUACAGAGACAAUGGAAAAACUCAAUCAGCAAAGAAUGCAGGACCUGAUGGAUAUUGAAGCUAAGGAGGUGGUCCGAUUUUUUAAGGAGGCUGAAAAGGAAGGAUUUGACACAGAAGAGGGGGAACUUGCUGUAGAGCUGAGUUCAGGAGAACAGUUGCUUCCUUUACAGUGGCUGAAGCAGAUCUGGAUAAACAGGGUGAAAUCUGUCACAGAUAGAGUUGCCAAGGAGGGGGCAGACAUGAAUGAAAACGAGGUCGGAGAACUGUCUGACCAGGAAGCCAAAAAUUCUCUGAAGGAAACCAAAGGAGAUGUUCAAAUGGCCGUGAAUAUCUGUACUGCAAAUAGAUGCAAGCUGUACCAAGAAAUAUGCAAGGCUGACAACUUUCCAAGAGAAGACAUCCUCCAGGCUAUGUUUGUUGCUGAAGGAAAACUGGACAUUGCUCUCGAUCACUUAAACUCAAACAGACUUCAGCAGUUCAUAGAUAAUUUAUGGGAGUUUGAGAAUGGUAACAUUCUAGCAGACGACAAUGAAGAGUGUGAAAGUGAGGCUCAAGAAGUGUCUAAUGUCCAAGAUACAUGCAUGAGUGUCACCAAUAGUGUGCUUAGACAUGCCCCCUUCCUUAAGAUGAUCCGUAACAAGGACAUCAGCUCAGAUAGGCGCUCUCGGAUGAUUAUGGUGGAGGGUAAACUACAGAGCUGGGGACGAGCCCAGACUGUGCUGAAGAUUCUAGAUGUUGAUGUGGCACGGAACAAUCUGGAAGCCACACUGGAGGACAUUGUAGAAGCUGUGUACAACUGUGGAGAUCGCCAGAGUUCUCUGGUCUAUCUACAGCAGGAAUGUCAAUGCUGCUUCUCGUAUUUCCCAAUGAGUAAGAUAAGAACCUUGAACUGCCCAUGUAAGAUCUGCUUUGACUGCAUGAAGAGUUAUUUUGAGUUGAACAUCCGAGAGAAACAUGUCAGGAACCUCUGUUGUCCUAUCUGCCAGCAUCCCAACAUGGACAACAAAGAAGAAGCUGAUGAGUAUCUGGGAUUCCUCACUAUGCUGUUGAAUACUAUGGUGGGACCAGAUAUUAAAGAAAUUUAUGAAACCAAACUGAGGGAUUGGUAUCUACAGAAAGACCCUAAGUUCAGGUGGUGUGCCCAUUGUGGAAAUGGUUUUAUCAAUAUUGGAGGAGAAAGGAACCCAGCCAUGCAGUGCCCAUACUGUAAUAAGAAAACCUGCUUCAACUGCAAGAAACAGUGGGAGGAUCAACAUGAAGGUUUGACCUGUGAGCAGUAUGAACAAUGGAAGAUCGACAAUGACCCAGAGAACCAGGCCAUGGGUCUGGCAGCUCACCUCGCCGCUAAUGGAAUCGAUUGUCCUAGUUGUAAAAUGAGGUUCUCUCUGGCAAAAGGAGGCUGUAUGCACUUUAAUUGUCCAGAAUGCGGACAUGAAUUCUGCAGUGGUUGUUCUCAGAUGUUUGAUUCCAAAGGAGUUUGCAUGAAGUUUAAGAGUUGUCGUGGUAAAGGACUUCAUUGUCACCACCCCCGUGACUGUUUUUACUAUCUCCGUGACAACUCUGUUGAAGAAUUGCAACGUCUUCUAAAGGAGAAGCAUGUGAAGUUUGACACUGAGGCCGCUGGUCACCAGGAGGACCAACACCACUGUCCAGUGAUGGAGUUGAAGGAUAUUCAUGAGGGAAAGAAGGACGAGGCCUGUGGUAAAGAUGUAACAGCAGGCCAUGCUGGACUGUGUGUGUUACAUUACAAGGAAUAUCUAGUCAACCUCAUCAACAAAAAUAAAAUUGACCCAGUCCAUAUUAUGAACAUUAAUGAGAUGACACGCUUGAUUGAGCGAGAAGAAAAGACGCCUCCACAGCGCAAACCAACAUAUCAGGAGUCGCAAUACCGCAAAAAACUAAUACAGUUCAUAAAAGAGAAGAUACCAUUGCAGAGAUAAAAAGAAGACAUACACUAUGUGUCUUGUUUCUAAAGCAUUAACUGUUUAAUUUGCUUUUAUGUGAUGUCUGUGAUAUAAGUUGUGCAAAUUUUGUGUAAAAUAAUAAAAACGA